CACACCCCGAGCCGGGCGGGGAGUUGCUGGCAUAACCGGUUGCUUUCCCUUUUCCAGUCAAUGUUUUUUGGCAAAUCAAAACACAUUACCUUGUAAUAGCACGUUUCUUAUUUGCAGUAUAGCGUAUUGCAGCGUGAAGCUAGAUUAUUAAGCAAAUGACGGCGGGGUGAUUAUUUGGGGGAUUUUCCGCCUGCAAGAUUCAUGCUGUCUUUCAAACGUCUGUGGCCAUUUAUUCCAAAAUACGCACAUAAAAAACCGCACGUCAUUUUUUCCCAGCUUCUUCACAUAUUACUCCACUAUGAAAGCCGUUCUCGUUAAACAACCUGGUGAUGCUUCGCAAUUAUGCAUGGGCGACUAUCCCACGCCGGUUAUCAAGGACACUGAAUUGCUGGUCAAAGUCCAUUGCUUUUGUUUGAACCGUAUGGAUAUUGUCCAGCGACAAGGUCGCUACCCUCCUCCUCCCGGUGCCAGCCCUCUUCUCGGCGUCGAAAUGUCGGGUAUUGUUGAGGAAGUAGGCAGCAAAGUAACCAAGUUCAAGAAAGGGGAUGCUGUGUUUGGUUUGAUGCCUGGCGGUGCCUAUGCAGAGUAUGCGGCUAUUGAUGAGCGUUUGGCUAUUUGUAAACCGGAUUCACUCUCCUUUGAAGAGGCAGCCGCCAUUCCAGAGACGUGGUUUACAGCUUACCAGGCCUUGUUCUUUGUUGGUAAUUUGGAACCAGGCAUGGAUGUGCUUAUUCACGCUGGCGCUUCGGGUGUGGGCAUUGCGGCUAUUCAGCUCGCUAAGCAUGCGGGAGCCAAGCGAAUUUUCAUUACUGCGGGCUCGGAUGAGAAGCUUGAAUUCUGUAAGAGCUUGGGAGCCACGACGGCUAUCAAUUACAAGACUCAAGACUGGGCGGAAGUGAUUGCCAAAGAAACAGACAAUAAGGGUGUCAAUGUCAUUGUUGAUUUUAUUGGCAAGAACUACUGGCAGCAAAAUCUCCAGACCUUGGCUGUCGACGGCCACAUGGUCAUUCUUGCCUUCAUGAGCGGCAAUAUCGUGGACCAGGUGGAUCUUUCCAUGUUGCUCAGAAAGCGUCUCAGAAUUGAAGGCUCUGCUUUGCGUAGCCGAAGCAUCGACUAUCAGUCACGCUUGCGCGAUGCCGUUUUCGAAAAGGUUAUCAAAGAACUCAAGAGUGACAAGUGUGCCUUCAAGGUGUUCUUGGACAAAGAGUUUGACUGGAAAGACAUUCAAGAAGCCCAUAGGUACAUGGAAAGCAACCAAUCUCAGGGAAAGAUCGUGGUUAAAGUCACCCAAUAGACAAGAAACAUAAAAUGAAGAAUGUAGUAAAUUUUUUUAAUAUCAAAAAGCGAGU